AUGUCCAUUAGCCUAUGUAUAACGAAUCCGUGCGGCACUCCGAAGCAAACGUCCCAACCGACCACUAGUUCCAAGAUGGAUCGAACUCCGUCAUCUAGCGAAAGCGGUGAAAAGAUGCAAAACGCUAACAAAGCAUACAGAAAAUCUGCUAUGCCACCGUUCCAGUCUGCCACGGUUUCGAUGAUAUCGUACUCGGGAUCGGGCAAGAGUAAAAAGUUUUACAAUAGUUCGUCGAAUCGAAAAAAACAACACAUAAUGGAAAGCUUAAAGAUGUGGAACGUUAAGAUAGCACCUAGUGGCCUGGACAAAUUCGAAGACGAACUGCCAACGGUACCCGCUGCAACUAGUCAGAAAAAGGAGUUGAUUCAUUCACUUGAGUCAACCGAAACCGGUCCUGCAAAUCUCGAACAAGAUAACCAGGCGGGCUCAUCCAUUGGAGAGCUUAUCAAAUCGUCUUCGUCGAAAAAGAAGAUGCAAGAAGCAAACAGCAGUAAGUGUAAACCGGAAGAGAUGAAAGGCCAUACCAUAUCGAAAUUGGCCACAUCCAAGCUAGAUCGUGACAUUGCUAGCAAUCAUAAGGAUCAAACGGAAAAGCAGCCUGCCAGAUCGUUUGAACACAAUACAGAAGGAACUAUCGUGGAAGCGGAUGUCCAUAAUCAUGCAUCUUCUGCUCAUAUCAGCGACAUGUUGACAAGCUCGACAACGGAACUAUCUUCUGGAUGUAGUGGAGAGGUAACUUCGAAAUCAACCGCUUCCAUACCACUCCCGGCGUCUCAGCCAUCGUCAUUUGCGAUGAAAGGAAGUCACCAAAAGCACUCACACAAAUCAUACGCUCGUUCAUCUGCCACCCUCAACGGUACUAGUUCAUCAGCUGCACCGGCUAGCUUGUCUGUUGAAGUGCCGGCUGGUGGUAACCGUAACGGCAAAGACACAGUCACCACUGUUCCAUCCGGCCAGCCACAGGUAUCAGUGAUGUCUCUGAUAAUGCAGGGAAAUUCUAAGCAGAAUGAAUCGCUCCGAUUGGACGCUUUUUCUGAUACUCUGUCAUCAUCAUCAUCUGCCCUUAAGAAAAGCAUCCCUCCCAAUCACCAUGUUGGCCAACAUCAUACGUCAUACAUUCCUACGCUCGGAACUCAACAUUCAUCGAAACAACAGGGACUGAUCAAUCGACAGGACCAACACCAUUCGGUGCAGCAGAGCACGAACACAUCUCCGCACCAUUAUUCAUUCGAUUUUCUGCGUGAUGUUGGUCUUAAAAUGUCCAUUGGCAAUGUAUCGGGUGGAGUAAACAACAACUCCACCGGCGAUUUAUCCAUGUAUCGAGGAUCGUCCCAAGCAAAUUAUAAUUUUACCCAACAAUUCCAGCAGCACAUGAUGCAGCAUCAUCAAAAUAGUCAGUUGCAGCCACAGCCACAUCACGGCACUAGGCAGUCCCCGCAUCAACAACAGCAGCUAUUGCAGCUUCAUCAACUUAUGCCGCAACAGCAACCCCAACAGUACAACAGAUCUUCAAAUGUAUACGGUGGCGACGAAUUGGCACAACAUUGCGCGCUGAACGAACCGCAAGGUUUCUCGAACUAUGCUGUGCUUAAUACAACCGAGGGACAUAACUCCAGCAAUGGUGUUAAAACUUAUGAGAUUUCAUCCUACCUUUACAAUCAGAACGGUGGAGCUGGUCACUCGCAACAACACCAAGCAACACAUUACAAGCAGCCGAUGUUAGAGCAGUCGCAACAACACACUGUUCAGAUGCAUAAUUAUCAUCAGAAUAAUAACUACCAGUAUCACAAUCGUAACGGCCACGGGGGUGGUGGCAAUCAAUUGAGCUACGCGUCGCAAGGUUCCGGAAGAGUGAUCGGUACAGUGGUUGGAAGAGAAGAUGGUGGGCGGAAUGGUAAAAAGUUCUGGAAUGCUCAUGGUAAAGGGAAAAAUAGCUCAAACCAGACAAACGGCGGCAGUAAGCAACAGUUUAAUAAGGUGCAAAGCAUUGGUUAUGGGUAUCGGAAAAACUAUCAACAUUAUUACAACCAUCCGGCUAGUGGUGCCAAUCACUACUACGAACAUAUCACAAUUCAACCGCAGCAGCAGCAGCAGCAGCAGCAGCAGCAGCAGCAGCAACAUCAUCAUCACCACCAUCAUCAUCAUCAGCAACAACAACAGUCCCAUCAUCAUCAUAAACACUGGCAUCGGAAUUUGGUAUACUUGCGGGGAUACGAUAGGGGACACGGUGCUGCCUCUUCGCAUGAAUAUACCAGCGGUAACCAGCACCAAGAAGAGGAACAAACAGGAAUAGCCCUCCAUUCCGCAUCAUCAAACUCUCCGGAAGGCAACAGUCCGGAAGAGGAGCUAAGCAAUUCGAAUCAACUCCAGGAGAAUGGCAACAAUGAGCCGAUCGGCAAAACUCCGGAACCAAGCGCUUCUGAUGUCCAUGAACCUAUCAUGAAUGAUGUCUAUCGGGAGGUCCACGGAAAGGACGUCGAAAAGGUAAAAACUUCCGAAUUGCAUGAAGAGCGCCUUUAUGGCACGAGAAAACUAUGCAGCGUGCCACGUUCAUCAUCGUCCUCCUCUGUGGUGUCGAUUCCGUCGACAGAGUCAUCCGUAAUAUCGUGUAGCACAUCUCAGCUCGACACUACUGCCGCUAAUGGGCACGAUUACGAAUCUGACUCAUCCCAUUCUUCCGAUUAUCGGGAAGGAACAUUCCGGUAUGCAAAAUAUAGUGAUACGAAUGAUAAUAAAGCGUUUCGUUCUUCAUCGUCAACUUCAUCGGGAACUUCGUCUUCCUCGGCUUAUCCGCCUUUGGGCGAAUUUGUCCCAUCAGCACCGGCAUCUCUGCACGCCUCGACGGCAGGACUUGUUGGUGAAUUUAUCGUCCGUAGCCAAAGUUUUCAUGGUUCGCACCAUAAUCUCACCGCAUACAGUAACAGUGGUGGCAAUGUUGACGAAGGAAACCCUCCUGUCGGAUCACCGAAAGGAAUCCCUAGAACGGUAACCGGUACACAGUCAGUGCCGGUGUUUGGCGAACUGUUUGCCCACAUGAACCAUUGUCAGGCAAAUCCCAUCCAAUUCGUUAACAGUCAGUCGACGGGCAAUUUCGGGAGUAGCACAUCGUUGGAAUUGGCGCUGCAAUCUGCAGUUACCAGCUCUUCAAGUUCGUCGUCUCUGUCUGCGUCAUCGGUGCCGCCCAACGAUUUCCAGUCGAUGCAGAGCGGACAUCCAAAGGCACGCAGCCAAUCUGGACGUACUUCACCCACCAGUACAAAUGCACACUACCAGUCACACCGAUCGACGGUUGCUGUUUCUGCUGCGUCGUUGGCUAACCACCCCACGAAAGGCCAACUGUCCCACAAAACAGGGAUUGGACGUAAGAGCAUGCAAGCUGCAGUGAGCUAUGCACAUCGCUCCGCAUUGUCUGGAGAUUUUCAGCCCACACCAGCUGAUCGGUUCAUUAUGCGUGCGCAUGAAGUCGAGAUGAAAAUUCCACCCGAUGCGCUUACGAACGGCAGUGUGUGGGACAAUCUUUCUAGGGCCAUCUGGGAACGGUUUGCAGCAGCGCAGCAAUCAGAAGAAAAGUAUGGUCAAAAAAUGCAACUGUGGCGCGAUUUGUACAUUUGCAUCAAGAAAGGCUUUCCCAAGUACAGUCUCUAUUUGGUCGGUAGUACGAUCUCUGGUUUUGGUGCUGACAGUUCCGAUGUGGAUAUGUGUCUUGUUUCACGGGGUGGGCCCACCUGUUAUGAUCAUCGGCUGGAAGCGCUGUUCAGUUUGUCGUUGGUGAAGGAAUACUUCAUGAACAUGCCGUCGUCGAAUUUCAGUGAGUUUAGCUUGAUACAGGCAAAGGUUCCGAUUCUCCGUUUUCAAGAUAGCAAGAAUGGCAUUGAGGUGGAUCUUAAUUUCAACAAUUGCGUUGGGAUUAGAAAUACCCAUCUGCUGCACUGUUAUUCACAGAUGGAUUGGCGUGUGCGACCACUGGUGUUGAUGGUGAAGCUAUGGGCCCAGCAUCACAACAUUAACGAUGCGAAAAACAUGACAAUAUCCAGCUACUCUCUUGUGUUGAUGGUUAUUCAUUUCCUGCAAUGUGGAACUAGCCCACCAAUUUUGCCGUGCCUGCACGCUAUGUAUCCGGAUAAGUUUAUGAAAAUCGUGGAUAUUCACAAUAUAGAAAUGAUCGAACGCAUCGAACCAUAUCAAACGGACAACAAAGAAACUUUAGGCGAAUUGUUAUUAAACUUUUUGGAAUAUUAUACAAAGUUUGAUUACGAACACCAUGCUAUAUCUGUGAGAACAAGUUCUAUCAUACCGGUCGAAGAAUGUCGCCUAGCCAGAAGUUACAAGAACGAUCCCCAUCAUUGGAAGCAUUUGUGCAUAGAAGAGCCGUUUGACUUCACUAACACCGCCCGGUCGGUAUUUGACGGGGAUGUGUUCGAACAGAUAAAGUCCACCUUUGCGACAUCAUGGCAGAUGUUGAAAGAUUGCAAGAAUUUGAAUGUUCUCUUCGGUGAACCAUUGUUUACACCGGUUACAUCGACACUGUCUAUAACUUCGUGA